AUGGGUGCCGACGCCCACACCGAGCACGCCGGAGCCAGCUCCGAGCCCUCCGUCACCCACGAGGAGCAUAGGAAUGAGCUGUGGUGGAGCAAGGUCCGCGAGUAUGGCCAGGAGUUCUUCUCCGAGUUUUUCGGCACCAUGGUCCUGAUCCUAUUCGGUGAUGGUGUCGUGGCCCAGGUUGUCCUCUCCAACGGCACCAAGGGCGACUACCAGAGUAUCUCUUGGGGAUGGGGAUUGGGUGUCAUGCUCGGCAUCUACGUUGCUGGCAAGACUGGCGGCCACCUCAACCCUGCUGUCACUCUCUCCAACUGCAUUUACCGUGGUCACCCCUGGCGCAAGUUCCCCGUCUACGCCCUCGCCCAGAUUCUCGGUGCCAUGGCCGGUGCCUUCAUUGUGUACGGCAACUACCGCUUCGCCAUUGAUCAGUUCGAGGGCGGCAGCGGCAUCCGCACCGUCGGUCUCGAGACCUCCACCGCCGGCAUCUUCUGCACAUACCCCGUUGAUUUCGUGGACACCACGGCCCAGUGGUGGUCCGAGUUCUUGUCGAGCGCGAUUCUCCAGUUCAUCGUGUACGCCCUGAUCGACAAGGACAGCAUGGCGGCCGGACCCCUCUUUCCUCUGGCUAUGUUCUUCGUCAUCUUCGGCAUUGGCGCGUGCUUUGGCUGGCAGACCGGUUACGCCAUUAACCUCGCCCGUGACUUUGGCCCUCGUCUCGUGUCGUACAUCCUCGGCUACGGCCACGAGGUCUGGUCCGCUGGCAACUACUACUUCUGGAUCCCCAUGGUCGCGCCCUUCUUUGGCUGUGCCUUUGGUGGCUUCUUGUACGAUGUCUUCAUCUACACCGGCGAGAGCCCCAUCAACACCCCUUACAUGGGCCUUCAGCGCUUCUUCAAGCCCAAGCGCAGCGUGUGGUCCAACACGUACAAGUCGUUCGAGUCCCAGGUCUAA